CACUUGUUUGUCAAUGUCAAUUUUGUCAUUAACAACAAGAGACGUGUGCUCGGUUCAAUAACCUAAAAAUAUUACAAUAUUGACGAAAAUUAUUUAUUUAACAGUUAAAAUAAUUCAUCGAAGCUUCUAUUUACAUAUAAAUAAAUCCCUUCUGCAAGUUAAUUAUACACUAUUAUGUUAGAUUUGGACCAAAAUAAAUUAGAACAGAGAACCACCAGGGCAGAGAGAGAAGUGAAAGCUAUUGAAGAUGAAUUGCAGAGGAUUUCUGAAGGAGAUCUCAGUUACACAGGUGAUCCACAAUUGGAAAAAUUACUCACAGACAAUGAGAAAUUGAAACAUCGUUUAGCUAUUCUGGAGAAUGCAAUUAAAGCUGAAAGUUCCGGCGUUAGUAGGGAACCUACUAAAAGAGAGGUUAGGAAACGGCCUACGCUUAUUACAGACAUUAGUUCUGUAGAAGGUAAUGUUUGCAUUCUGGAUGAAUUGAAAAAUAUAUUUGAAGUAGCUAUAACUUCUGCAUAUCCUAAUCUGAUUGAUCCUCCUAUCGUUAUUACAUUGUCUGGGAAUAAUCCUAAGUUUGGAGAUUACCAAUGUAAUUCUGCUAUGGCUAUAUCACAGUUGUUAAAAGCAAACAAUAUUAAAACUAACCCUAGGGAAGUAGCCAAUAACAUUUUGAAUAAAACUCCUACAUCACCUCUCAUUGAAAGGAUAGAAGUGGCUGGAGCUGGUUUUCUAAAUAUCUACCUAAAUAAAGAGUUUGCUGAACAUGUUCUAAAUUGUAUCCUCAGAUUUGGUGUAAAGCCACCACCACUAAAAAGAGAACGAAUUAUUGUUGAUUUCUCCUCUCCAAACAUUGCUAAAGAAAUGCAUGUAGGUCACUUAAGGUCCACAAUUAUUGGAGACAGUAUUUGUCGAGUCCUUGAGUUCUUAAACCAAGAUGUCCUUCGAAUAAAUCACUUAGGAGAUUGGGGUACCCAAUUUGGAAUGUUGAUUGCACAUUUGCAAGACAAGUUUCCAAAUUUUAAGACUCACUCUCCUCCAAUAUCGGAUCUGCAAGCAUUUUAUAAAGAGUCAAAAAAACGGUUUGAUGAAGAUGAAGAAUUUAAAAAAAGGGCUUAUGCUUGUGUAGUUAAUUUACAGUCGGGACAUGCAGAUUAUAUUACAGCUUGGAAAUUGAUCUGUGAAGUUUCACGUCAAGAGUUUCAGAAGAUUUAUGACAGGUUAGAUAUAAAAAUUAUAGACAGAGGUGAAUCAUUCUACCACAGUAGGAUGAACACCGUUGUGAAAGAGCUUAAAGAUGGUGGUUAUCUUGAAGAUGAUGAAGGGAGAUUAAUAAUGUGGGGUGAUCCUGUAAAACAUGAUGGUAUACCUUUGACUAUAGUGAAAUCAGAUGGUGGUUAUACCUAUGAUACAUCAGAUAUGGCUACUAUAAAACAAAGAGUAGAGGAAGAAAGAGGAGAUAGGUUCAUCUAUGUCACAGAUGCUGGACAGUAUACACAUUUUGUGAUUAUUGAAGCAUGUGCAAGACGAGCUGGCAUUUUGAAAAGUGGACAGAAGGUAGAACAUGUGGGAUUUGGUGUUGUGCUUGGUGAAGAUAAGAAAAAAUUUAAAACCAGGUCUGGUGAUACUAUAAAACUUAUUGAUUUGCUUGAUGAAGGGUUAAAAAGGGCCCUUGAUAAAUUGAUUGAGAAAGGUCGUGAUAAAGUGUUAACACCGGAGGAAUUGAAACAAGCUCAAGAAGCUGUUGCAUAUGGUUGUAUCAAAUAUGCAGAUUUAUCACAUAACAGGGUAAAUGAUUAUGUGUUUUCUUUUGACAAGAUGUUAGAUGAUAAAGGAAAUACAGCUGUGUAUUUAUUAUAUGCUCUUACACGCAUCAGAUCAAUUGCUAGAACUGCCCAAAUCUCAAUUGACCAGCUAUUAGUUGAAGUUCAGAAAUCUGGAUUCAAAUUAUCUCAUGACUCUGAAUGGAAAUUAGCCAAGGUUUUAUUAAGAUUUCCCGAAGUGAUUCUGAAAGUAUCAAAUGAUUUAUAUAUGCACAGUUUAUGUGAAUAUUUAUAUGAAAUAUCAUCAACUUUCACUGAAUUUUAUGACAAGUGUUAUUGUGUAGAAAAAGAUAAAGAAGGGAAAAUUGUUAAAAUUAUAUAUGAGAGAUUGAUGCUCUGUGAAGUAACUGCUAGAAUUAUGGAAAAAAGUUUAGAUAUUUUAGGUAUCAAAACAGUAUCUAGGAUGUAGUUUCUAUUUAUUAUAAAGUUUGCUACUAACUACUUUUGAAUUUAUUAUAAUAUUUAGUUUUAUUAUGAUUUAUAAUGCAGGAUAUUUGAUUUUUUCAUUGUCUAUGUUCAGAACUUUAAUAUACAGAGAUAUCAAACACAAUUUUCUUGAUCAUUUCUUAUGGAUUUAUCAUUUUUCUAAACUUAUUAUAACCAUAAAUAAAAUUCAUAAUAUAAUUUGUAAAUUUUUUUAUUG